AUGCAGAUGCCCUUUUUGUUCCCCGCGACCUCCAAUACCCGGCACCGAGGAUCUCGGGCCUACCACGAGGGAGGCCGGCUGCUCACUCGAGAUGGCCCCUUUGAGGCAACCCUCGACUUAUUCGCCAAGCACAUAAUCGGUGCAUCCCCCGACGAUGCAAUGGGUCGGAAAAACCCAAGGCUAAGCCAACAAAAAACACGGCGCCCCAGGGGGGCGUGGCCGACAACAGAGCUAUAUGGCAGCAGACUAGCUCAGCUCCUGAGCGGCAAGGACGGAACCGCCGAAAACGGAGGUAAUAAACCCACAAUGGGUAAUCAAAAAAAGGCUCACCCUGCUUCCCAGCACUCCGGGAAGACUCCAGCCGGAAAAUCGGGCACUGUGGCCCGUUUAUUUAGAGAUUAUUCCGACCGCACGGCGGACCUCGGGGAAUCCAAUAUGGCGCCGGCGGCAGUAACCGCCGACUCAGAUCCUCCAAGCCCCACAGCGUCGGACACAUCACAGGUAUCGAUGGAAGCAGAUAUUAAAGGCAUACUACGAAAUCUGCCCUCCAGAGCUGACCUAGCUCAGAUGCUAGGAAAAUUGGAAACUACCUUCCAAAAGAAGAUGGAAAGCCUCAAUUCAGAAAUAACUCAGGUAGGCCGCAGAGUUCAGGACCUGGAGGAUGAAAGGGGGUAUCACCACACAUUUAUGUACUCCCUAUCAGCUAAAGUCCAAGCCCAAGAAAGGCAUUUAUCUAUGAUGCAACGCUCCCUAGAUGACAUCGACAAUAGGGGCAGGAGAAAUAAUUUACGCAUAAAGGGAAUGCCAGAAGCAGAAGGGGAAAACCUAUAUAACAUCCUGGCCUCGCUUUUCAAUCUUAUACUAAAGCGUAAGCCAGACUCACCGGUUAUCCUGGACAGAGCGCACCGUUCUCUUCGCCCCAAAGCAGCGGUCGGCGAUGCCCCAAGAGAUAUUAUCUGCCGCAUCCACUACAACGCUCUUAAGGAAGAUAUUUUGAAACACCUCAGGGACACCUCAGGCCCCUUGUUAUAUCAGGGACACGAAAUACAGAUCUAUCAAGAUCUAUCUUGGCACACGCUGCAAGCAAGACGAGCCCUACGGCCAAUCACCGAUCAACAUACGAUACAGAUGGGGUUUCCCUUUUGCCCUCAUCGUAAACAUCCGCGGAACCACAUAUACGAUCUCUACACACCAGGACAUCGUGCCAUUCACCGAAGCGUUAAACCUGGCAGAAACAUCCAUCCUGGAUUGGUAUGCUCCUGA